CGCGCUCCUAGCCGCCCGCCUCCGCCGCGGCUACCUCCCAUCCGCCCAUCUCCAGCUCUCCCAACUCCUCCACUUCAAGAACGCUCUGGAAGAAAUGCCAAUAGCGGUGGAGAUUGAUAAGGCCAAAUCACAGCAUUAUGAGCUACCGACAGUAUUUUUCAAACUUGUUCUUGGGAAGAAUCUCAAAUAUAGCUGUUGUUACUUUGAAGACAGUGCAAGCACACUUGAGGAUGCUGAGGUUGCAAUGUUUGAUCUGUAUUGUGAAAGAGCUCAGAUAGAAGAUGGCCAAUCAAUCCUUGACUUAGGAUGUGGCUGGGGCUCUCUCUCUUUGUAUCUUGCAAAGAAGUACAAAAAUUGCAAAAUUACUGGGAUAUGCAACUCAAAAACGCAGAAAGCAUAUAUCGAUGAGCAGUGCAGGGAACAUCAACUCUCAAAUGUAGAAAUUAUCAUUGCAGACAUCAGCAAACAUGAAAUGGAUGCAUCUUUCGAUAGAAUUAUAUCGAUAGAGAUGUUUGAGCACAUGAAGAAUUAUAAGGCACUUCUCAACAAAAUAUCCAAAUGGAUGAGGCCUGAAAGUCUACUUUUUGUUCAUCAUUUUUGCCACAAAACAUUUGCUUACCAUUUUGAGGAUAUAAAUGAUGAUGACUGGAUCACAAGGUAUUUUUUCAGUGGUGGAACAAUGCCAUCUUCUAACCUGCUGCUAUAUUUCCAGUUUGGGGUUUUUAUCAUAAUUUUAAAAUUGGGACUUUCAUGCAGUGAAGAAUGGCUGAGGAGAAUGGAUAAGGAAGCAGAUGCUAUAAGACCCAUAAUGGAGGCCACCUAUGGAAAAGAUUCAGCCAGGAAAUGGAGUGCUUAUUGGAGAACUUUCUUCAUUUCUGUAGCCGAGCUUUUUGCAUACAACAAUGGAGAUGAAUGGAUGGUUGCUAAUUUCCUUUUUAAGAAGAAGUGAGCUUUCAGAUUCUGAGAAAAAUAGAAUAGGAAGAUUUACAUACAUACCCACUCAGUUCUCAUGUGUUUUUACAUAUCUAACCCCUAAACUUCAUUUCUUACACAUGUCAUCUUACGUGUAUUUCACUUUUUAAAAGUUAAAAUUGUGGUACUUUUUGAUGUGAUAUGAAAGAUUUGGGCGGUAAAAAUGU